UUUUUGUGAGAGAAAUGUUCACAAAGUAAAUUAAAGCAUAUAAAAUGUAGUAAAUUGUAGUUUAAUUAAAUAAGUGUGACAUGAGAGCAAACAAGCGUCUUCUUUUUGCAUUGGGUAUCGUGGGUUUCUGGACAUUAUUAACAUAUUUCAUAGUGAUAAAGAAUUAUGAUUAUAAUCAAGUUGAUAAAAGUAAAUUCCACGAAAAAGUUGUAUUUUUGGAAAAUGAGAUUAAAAAGGAAACGAAAAAUCGAAAGGAAAUUAUUUCCCGAUAUCAAAAUCUCAUAAGAAUAUUGAACACAAAGAGCAUAACAACCACGUCAGUGAAUAGUGAAAAUGCCUUGUUGGAACUUGAAUCAAAUCAAAACAAACCGAACAGCAAAAUUGUAUUUAACGGGUUGUAUCUUGAUAAUGAUUUAUAUAAGCCAGUAAUUCCAAUAGUGGUCUUUGCGUGCAAUCGUGUUUCAAUCUCUAGAUCAUUAGAUUUAUUAAUAAAAUAUCGACCAAAUCGUGAACAGUUCCCUAUAGUCGUUUCGCAGGAUUGCGGAGAUGAAGCUACGAAAGAGGUCAUUCUAUCGUAUAAGGAUGAAGUGCAAUUAAUUCAACAGCCUGAUCUCUCUGACAUUGAGAUGAUGCCAAAAGAUAAGAAGUUCAAGGGAUAUUACAAAAUUUCCAGGCAUUAUGGAUGGGCUUUAAAUACAGUUUUUUCGAAUGGCUUUGAAUUCGUUAUCAUCGUUGAAGAUGAUCUUGACGUCGCACCCGAUUUCUAUGAAUAUUUCCUCGGAACAUUCCCAUUAUUGCGUUCUGAUGAAUCUUUGUGGUGUGUGUCUGCAUGGAAUGACAAUGGAAAGUCUGGAUUAAUUGAUGAAAAUGCUCCUGAGUUGCUUUAUCGCUCUGACUUUUUCCCUGGUCUUGGAUGGAUGAUGAGUAAAAAGCUAUGGGAUGAAAUUGGUCCAAAAUGGCCGAAAGCUUUCUGGGAUGAUUGGAUUCGAAAGCCUGAAAUUAGAAGAGACAGAGUCUGCAUACGUCCUGAACUACCGCGAUCUCGUACAUUUGGGAAAAUUGGUGUUUCAAAUGGACUAUUCUUUGAGAAGCAUUUGAAGUACAUAAAACUAAGCGAAACAUUCGUUCCGUUUUCGACAAAAGACUUAAGUUAUUUAUUAAAGGAUAACUAUGAUAAAACAUACAUAAAUGAAGUUUAUAGAACACCUGUGGUGACAUUUGAAGAACUUCGGUCUGGACUAGUGAAAGUUGACGGUCCUGUGAGGAUACAAUACAAUAGUAGGAACCAAUAUAAAGCCACAUGUAGGAAUUUAGGAAUAAUGGACGAUUUUAAGAGUGGUGUGCCGCGUACAGCAUAUGCUGGUAUAGUCUCGUCAUUCUUCAAUAAUCGUCGUGUAUAUUUAGCUCCAAGUACAAACUGGAAGGGAUACGAUCCAUCGUGGGAAUAACAUAAGGUAAACUAACUCACCAAUUGAGUUUUAUCAAUUUCGUAAGUUAAAGCCAAAAAACCAGCAUAAAAUUGAUGUUUAAAAGAAUUUGACUAAAGUUGCAUGCUUUAAAAAUUUUCAAAAAAUUUUAAAGAACUAUAGCAUAUAAUCAUACCUAUUCGUAUAACUGUAAAUAAGCGAUUAAAAAAAUCAUAAACUAGAAAUUUGUAAAGUUUAAAGCUGACAUAAGUCAGAUUUGCGGCAUUUCAAAAAUUGAAUUUGUAACAGCAAUAUUACAUUUGAAUAUUUAACGGCCAGUAUAAAUUUGAAUAUUCAAGUACUUACCUAAUUCAAAUUUGAAUUUAACGUUAAAAUAAUUUUAGGUAAACAAGUUGAACUUUUAAAGAUGAAAUGCCGAAAGUCUGAAUAGAAAAAUUAAUCAGGUUGAAAAUGUUUGUAAAUAAGACGAUAAUCAAAGGUGUAAUUAAGUAAAGACAUGAUCUUACUAAUUUUUUUG